GAUGUAUAAAUUUCAUAAUUUAGGUACGUAAAUAAACUUCAAUAUGCAUAAAAUCCUCCUGUAUGGGCUGUAUGGAAUAUUCUAAAUAGUGUUUAAAUAAAACAAGAGGACAGAAUCAUUAUUAACGGAAAUACCAAUUAAUAAGUGCUAAUAUACUCUUAAAAAUGAAAUUGUUUUUUCAACCCAACCGCAUAUUUUCUGCGGUUUUGCACCGAUUAAAAUACAGCACGGCACCGAAAACAGAAUCUACAAUAAGAAUAAACGGCGCAGACUUCAUAACCGACGAUUACACCAACGUAACCCCUAAAAUACUAUCGUAUUUGGAUCGAAACUUGCAUCUUCAGAAAGAUAACCCUCUCUCGAUAUUGCGGCAAAGAAUUGUGAACUAUUUCUAUUCCUCGUUCACGUAUCGAGGUAAUCCAACGUUCAGCGUGUACGAUAACUUGCCGCCGAUCGUCACAACAAAGCAGAACUAUGAUGAUUUGUUAAUUCCUUUGGACCAUCCAAGUCGGGUUAAGUCUGACUGUUACUACAUUAAUAGGAGCACGCUGCUGCGAGCUCACAUGACGGCCCAUCAGAGCGAGCUGCUGAGGUCUGGGCUGGACAACUUUCUUAUGAUAGGACCUGUGUUUAGAAGGGAUGAAAUUGAUUCAACACAUUUUCCCAUAUUUCAUCAGGUUGAUGCAGUAAGAUCACAAAGAAGAGAACAAUUAUUUCCCGAAAAUGAGGACUUGCACAUAUUUGAACCAACAUUUGACCCUACAAACCCCCAUGCCUUCACCAACUCCAUCUCCGAUCCAACGAAACAAAGUUGCCACACACUAGAAGCAACUAAACUCAUCGUACAUCAGUUAAAAGAGCAUCUCCUUGGUCUUAUACAGACAUUAUUCGGAGACAAUAUCAAGUACCGAUGGGUGGGUGCCUACUUUCCAUUUACGCACCCGUCAUACGAGUUAGAAAUAUUCUACAACAACAAUUGGCUUGAAGUUUUAGGCUGCGGUAUUGUGAGAAAUGAAAUAUUAGUCAAUGCAGGACCAAAUCACACUAUUUCCUAUGCUUUUGGCUUAGGCUUAGAAAGGCUAGCCAUGGCAUUGUAUAAGAUCCCUGAUAUAAGAUUAAUGUGGAGUACGGACUCUGGAUUUUUAACACAGUUUCAGAAUAAGCAGCUGAAUGCGGAGAUAACAUAUAAGCCUGUGUCUAUGUACCCGCAGUGUACAAAUGACAUAUCGUUCUGGCUGCCAGAGGGACUCUCAAUUGAUACAUUUAUGAGCAAUGAUUUCUAUGAUCUAGUCAGAGAUAUUGGGGGUGAUAUUAUUGAACAGGUAAAAUUAAAGGACAAAUUCUUCCACCCAAAGUCAAAGAAGCAUAGUCUAUGCUACAGCAUCGUGUAUAGACAUCUUGAAAGGACACUUACACAAGCAGAAGUUAACCAAGUACAUAAGGAGAUUGAGAAAGCGGCCAUGGCGGCGUUCAAUGUUGCUAUUAGAUAGACCGUUAAUCUAAAUAGAUGGCGCCAGUAUAACCUGUCUCUAGUUUUGUUCUAUGAGAUUUGGCUUAAUCUUUUUAAAAACGAUCCAAACGCAGAGCAGUUCAGUUUAGGAAUUUGAUUCAAAUUCGAUUGCCCAUAAUUGUCCUUGUAUGGUGGAUGGUCAUCCACUUUAGAGGUUAGGCAUGGAACGUUCUGUAGUAAGUAGUAAUGGGUUUUCUAAUCAUUGUCUGUCUGUCUGUUGUAUUCUCUAAUAAUAAAUGUGGCUUUCCAUGAUAGAAGGGUCCGUGUGCACAUAAUGGGGCAUAAGGACCCUUUAGGCAUGGAACGCCACAAAUAACUAUAUUUUAUUUCCCUAAUAAUGAAUGGAGCAUAUUCAAUUCAA